CCGGCCGGAGGGGCGGCGGCGCCCGCUGCAGGCGCAGCAUGGUGCUGAGCGCGGACCAGGUGGCCCUCAUCGGGCAGGUGUUCGAGUCCUACGUGCUGGAGCACCACAGGGACGACAUCCUGGGCAUCCUGAGGGAGGCGGACGACCAGGCGCACUACCCCGUCGUCGUCGAUGCCUUGACGCUCUUCGAGACCAACAUGGAGAUCGGCGAGUAUUUCAACGCCUUCCCCAGCGAGGUGCUCCCGAUUUUCGACAGCGCGCUGCGCCGGGCUGCCCUGGCGGCGCUGCAGGACACCGCGGACACUGCACAGCUCAGCCUGAAGCAGAACCUCCACGCCAGGGUCUCGGGUUUGCCUGUUUGCCCAGAGCUGACUCGAGAGCACAUUCCUAAAACCAAGGAUGUGGGUCACUUUUUGUCUGUUACUGGGACUGUCAUACGUACCAGCUCGGUGAAAGUUUUGGAGUUUGAACGGAGUUACAUCUGCAACAAGUGCAAGCACGUGUUUGCUGUCAAGGCUGACUUUGAGCAGUACUAUGCAUUCUGCCGUCCAUCGGCCUGUUGUAAUGAAGAAGGCUGCAACUCAAUCAAGUUCACUUGUCUCUCUGGAACAGCCUCUUCUCCUACCUGCUGCAGAGACUACCAAGAAAUCAAAAUUCAGGAACAGGUUCAAAGGCUGUCUGUUGGAAGCAUCCCUCGUUGCAUGGUGGUUGUUCUGGAAGACGACUUGGUGGACAGCUGCAAGUCUGGAGAUGAUAUCACAGUGUAUGGAGUGGUAAUGCAGAGGUGGAAACCUUUCCAUGAGGGUUCACGCUGUGACUUGGAGAUUGUUUUGAAAGCCAACUAUGUUAAAGUGAACAAUGAGCAGCUAGCAGGGGUUGUCAUUGAUGAAGAAGUUCGCAAGGAAUUUGAAGACUUCUGGGAAAGGCAUAGGAAUGAUCCCUUAGCAGGGAGGAAUGAAAUUUUGGCUAGCUUAUGUCCUCAAGUUUUUGGCUUGUACCUGGUGAAGCUGGCUGUAGCCAUGGUGCUUGCUGGUGGUGUACAGAGGACGGAUGCUACUGGAACUCGAAUCAGAGGUGAAUCACAUCUUUUGUUGGUUGGAGAUCCAGGUACAGGGAAAUCUCAGUUCCUCAAGUAUGCAGUAAAGAUCAUGCCACGCUCUGUGCUUACCGCAGGAAUUGGAUCUACGAGUGCAGGCUUGACAGUGACUGCUGUGAAGGACUUUGGGGAGUGGAAUUUGGAAGCUGGAGCACUGGUGCUUGCAGAUGGAGGCCUUUGUUGCAUUGAUGAGUUCAACAGUAUCAAAGAACAUGACAGAACCAGUAUCCAUGAGGCAAUGGAGCAACAAACCAUCAGUGUUGCAAAGGCAGGCUUGGUGUGCAAGCUUAAUACAAGGACAACUAUCCUGGCAGCAACAAACCCAAAAGGCCAUUAUGACCCUAAUGAGUCUGUGUCUGUCAACAUAGCUCUUGGCAGUCCCCUGUUGAGCAGAUUUGACCUGGUCUUAGUAUUGUUAGAUACAAAGAAUGAGGAAUGGGACCGCAUCAUUUCAUCCUUCAUCUUGCAAAAUAAAGGUUGCCCAAGCAAAUCAGAAAAGCUCUGGAGCAUGGAAAAGAUGAAAACCUACUUCUGCCUUAUAAAAAGCAUACAACCAAAAAUGUCUGAUGAGAGCAACCUGAUCCUUGCACGCUACUAUCAAAUGCAGCGUCAGAGUGACUGCAGGAACGCUGCCCGGACCACCAUCCGCUUAUUGGAGAGUUUGAUACGCCUUGCAGAGGCUCACGCCCGGUUGAUGUUUAGGGAUACUGUGACUUUGGAAGAUGCUGUAACUGUGGUAUCAGUGAUGGAAUCUUCUAUGCAGGGAGGUGCACUUCUUGGAGGCAUCAAUGCCUUACACACCUCAUUUCCCGAAAAUCCAGUGGCGCAGUACCGAACACAGUGUGAACUCAUACUGGAGCGGCUGGAGCUGCAAGAUCUUCUGCACAAAGAGCUACAAAGACUUGACAGAUUGCAAAUGGAAAAUUCAUGCCAGCUGCAGCCUGAAGAGACAAGUUUCAGUGCUGCCACAAGAUGCUUGAAUGGGGAUAUGUUUGGACAGUCAAAGCAAAGGUCUCAGUCAGAACCUUCAAAGCAACAAGAGGAUAACUGUGAGCCACAGCCACCUUUGCCUGAAGGCAGCUGUGACAGUGAUAUUCAUCCAGAAACCUUGAGCAACCAAGCACAUGGUAAUAACAAAAAUACCAACAGCCUGGCAUGGUUUGACAGCCUGGAAGAGCGCAGCAUUGAUGCUGAAGAAACUUCCCAGAAGAAAUCUCCAGUGCCCAAGAUAUCUCCAAAUAACUUGGCUUCAAAAACUCCACGUAAAAAAACCUGUUCUGAAGAAAGAUCUGCUUCAAUACCAACGAAGGGAAAUGGAAUAAGAGAGUCACCAGCAACUGUGGCUCUGCAUGCUCCUUUGAAACAGGACAAAGUUUCCAAGUUAAGCAGGAAAAGGACUGAAGAACACAACUGUUCUUCUUCAGAAGCUAAUAUUCCAGACCCAGCAUCACCAAGUGCUAGUGUACAGGAUUCGGUUAUUACACAACAUGCUUCUAAAAGGUGGCAGAGGCUGCACACGGAGAAAUCACAUGGAUUCUUUACAAGUACACAGGACCCUGAGGCAAAGGCCCUUCCUUCAGUAUUACCUGCCUCUGGCCUGUCAAAUCUUUCAAGUGAUGCAGAUUCUGUGCUAGGGGAAGAAGAGACCAGUAUAUCUGUAGCAGCAAAAAGUGCAACAAUUUCCCUGAGAAAACGAAGUAAAGGUCAAGUAGUGAAGGAAACAAAUGUAGUAAGUUCCUAUGAGCCAGAAAUCCUCGACAGUGAAAGUCCCCCAGCUGCUAAACUGGCUAAAUUUUCUUUCAGAGCAAGGAAAAAACUUGAUCAUUCUUCAGAGAAGAAAAAUGAAGUUUCUCUUUUUCACAGUGAAACCAUUUGUAAGCCAGGGGAGCAGCUUCAGGGAGGGCAGGUGCCAGAAGAAUGCUGCCCCCGUGAGGAAGGCAAGAUGGCAUUGAGUCAUUUAGGAAAAUGUAGUUUGGAAAAACGAUCAAGUGAUAAUAAAGGGAAAGAAGAGCCGGAGAGACAGGCUUUAGGGAAAGAAAUCAGAAGAAGUGCAACAAUAUGCUCUGAUGUCAGUUUUGAUGCUGUGUCACCUCCACCCACUGAGAAGAAAAGGGAAGGAGAGGAGAAACUUGGUGGUCCAAGCACAGGGAAGGUGCGCUCCAGCACAUUAGCCAAGCUGUCAACUUUCUCCUUUGUGUCACGUCCUGAGUCAAAAUCAGAAACCUCACCUGCCAUUAGGACUGACACUAACAAGGAAAGCCACAGUACAUCACUGAAGGUGCACACGGGCAAUCCUAGCAGAAGGAAGAGUUUUGCGUUGGGAAAUGCUGGUAAAGCCAGUGUGAUAACACAGAAAUCUCUCUUCUCAAUAGCAGAGCUAGAUGAUGCUACAUUAGAUUUUGAUUGGGAUGAAGAGGUUAGGAGAAAUCCAAGCUCGUAACAUGUAUAUCUUCCCAAUUACUUAACAUGCAGUUCUUCUGAAUCUUCGCCCUUCUAUCAGUUGUAUCUGUGGUUUACAAAUUAUUUCACAGAAUCAUCGUGGACCUGAGCUGACACCAAUGAACAUAUGUUCUUUAAGGGCCACAUACUUUACCUAAGCUAACAACUGUGUGUACUGCAGGCCUGGUGUGGUUUUCAGUUUUCUAAACUCUUCCUGAGAUUAUUUAUCUUAGUUGACUGUUUUGAUUGACCUGAUGAAACCUGAAGAUUUGUAUGGUUAUGUUCAUGUGUCCAGAGUGAAUGAUCUUGCAGAAGAGCAAGCUUGAUUGACUUUAUCUUUUAUUUCAUGUAACAGUUAGAAUUACACAUGAUUCAGAUUGUCCUUCCAAAUGACUAUGCUGCUUUAGAAAAAUGAUGAUGCUAAAACUAGGUAAUUAUAUUUUGUUCAUCUAUAUAUGCUAUUUGUCUCAACAUAGUUUCCAAUAUUGUCAUUUAUCAUCAUGCUAUGGUAAGUAUUUCCAUAUUAUCAUGAUCAUGACAAUUUUGCUGCAUCUUUGAUUACUGUGCUCCUUGUCACAUGUCUAAUGUUGAAGACGUGGAUCGAGAGGUUUUUGUUUCUGUUUUUUAAUUUCAAUUUUAAAUACACUGGUUCAGAUACCUGUGUUUGUAUUCUAGGUCAUUUUAUCAAAACCAAACUCUAUAAUAAACACACAGUUCUCCGCUGCAGAGACAACAAAUUUCAGGUGAUUGAACGGGAAUUCUCAGUAACCAGGGAAACUUUAAUGCAGUCAGUAAGCCCUGGCAUAUAAACUACACUUCAAGCAUCGCACCAUGGUGAAGAGCUUCCCUAGUGCAGCUUGGUUCUGAUUCAGAUAAUGUUUACUUGGCUAUUUUAAUUGUGAUUAGAGUUUUACUGCAUCUGAUAUGCAGUUCAUCUUCUGUAGCAUGCUAUGUCAUUUGUCUAAUGGGAAAUUAAUCUAUUAAUGCAUUACAUGUUUACAGAGAAAGGUAAGCUGUAAUUUUCUUUUAGUGACUUGCCUCAUAUGUUUCUUCUCUAUUUUAAUUCUCCACAGAAUAUUUUUUUAUUACCUGCAAGGUAAACAGAGAAUAGAAGUGGUUGCUUACAGCACAGUAAAUCCUUUGAGAGACAUGAUAGCACAAAGAUCGGAUUCUCUGUUGGUUUGCUUAGAAGUAGCUCCCUUGAAACCAGGUGAGUUAAAAUAGUGCAAAAUUUGAGAGAACUGAGGGAGUGUGAGGCCUUGAGGAGUACUACGGAGUGAUACAAGAAUAGUAGGGAUAGUAGUUGGCUUACCUGUAAGAGUUUGGGAAAAAGACAUAAACGUUGCUGUCCAGACUGCUUGUGUGGUUGUUCCUCCACUGGAAACAUGACAUCAACCAAAACAAGUGGAAUUUAUCCACCUCCCUCCCAGAGCACAGAGCCACCCCAUCAUGUUACUUUUCACCAACACAUAUGCCAGGGCGAGGGGGACAUGCACCCAUGACCUAGUGCCAGUGAAAAUCAGAAGUUUCCUACAAGAUGCUGUGUCUACACUGAAACUUGAGAAGGGUCAAGAAUACUGGAGCUAUUAACAUUUAUGGUGGUCUUCCUACGUGUAUUUUUUGCAUCAACCACUUGCAUGGUGGCCUCAUUUACAAUCAGAAAUCCUCUUUGCUAGCUGUUUGGUUUGAUGGAUGUUCCUAGCUGGCCAGUGCAAAGCCAGAACAUAGCUACUGGAUCCCAUUCAAGCAUCAUGAGCUUUUUUUACCAUGUAAAAUGAUAAAUUAGUCAAGAGAAAUUUCAUCCACCUGUGCUUGAAGUACUGUUUUAUUUAUCACAUCCUUGUAGAACAGUAGCUAGGGCCUCAUCUUAUGUAAUUUAUUGUAUAUGGUUAUGUGACAAGCUGCUCCCAAGAACUGAAGGACCUUUUCCUAAACAUUCUUUUGUGGGAGGCUGAUUGACUUUUUUGCCUGGUUUGCAGAUGUCCUGAGUACUUAACAGCUAAAGCUUACAUCAGUGAGACUUGUGUAAGGUGCAGUGUAAUUAUAAUGACACUCUUGUGUCUUCAUCCCUCUCAUAUUUGUGGUUGUGAAUUGGCCCCUUCAAGAAGAAAUGGUAGUGAGUAGUCUCACUUGGGAUAUCUGGGAGUAGAAGAAAGAAGAAAAUGAUAGAGGUUCAAAGGGCUUCUUGCUGAGGACAUCUGAGAGCCUUAGACCUCCCACAUUUUAGCACCUGUCUUUACUAGGUUGCAAGUCAAGCUCAAAACAAUAUGUCUGAGCACAUUAGGACAAGUUUGAUAAUGCCCUGGAGACUUUCCAGACUUCCUGGAAAGAGCAUGGCUGGGUUGCUAUCUACCACUUAGAUACGUUUUAGCUACCUAAAUUUAAACGUAGAUGGUAGAAUUUUAGGCAGAGUGAAUUCUAUCAUUUUUUGUAGUGUCUUAAUGGUUAAUCAUUUUUGAAGGACAAUAUGUUAGAUAGUAUAUCAGUAAAAAGAUAUACUCUUCAGACUCCCCUGACUAGAAGUAGUCAGUGCAUUACUUUAUGAAGUGGAACAAUGCUUAUUUAUUGAACAGAGGUUUUUGAGAUGUGAGGGAUCUCCUUCUCCCUUUUGUGUAACCUGAGAAGUGGAACAAAAGCCCAAAGGAGUCAAGGAAGGAUAUUGAAAACUCCAGGCACACCGAGGUCACUCUGCCUAUAGGACCACUUGGGCCUUGUUUCCCAGUUAGAAGCAAAGAAAAGGACCCACAGGGACAUCAGGGACAUUUUAUUGAGCUUUCAGAAAGGCCUAUCUUUUCUAUAUUAUGAGAAGAAAAGCAGUGUUGGUUUUUCAUACUGUCUGCAAAGAGGUUCUAGUCACCAAAGUGUAUGAGGUAAAUAACCAAAGAGUAAAUUUGGAAGAGCAGAUACUGCUGAGAUAAUUCUUUACUUUAUCAGACCAAUGGAAAUACUACUGUUGUGGUAUUGUUUCUGAUUCAUAGCACAAAUACAGAGCAUCCAAGAUACAUGAGAAGCACCCAGUAAUAAAAAAAUGAUACCUGCUACUGAUUUACUCUCUCCCUCACCAUUGCCAUUUAUCAGUGCCUUGGCAGAAACGUGGCUAACUUCUUUCUUUUCCCUUUUUAAACCAUCUUCUGCUACAAAUAAUCCCAAGUUUCAAUGUUUUUUGAGUGCUACAAUAGCCCAAUGAUGGGAUAAUUUAAACCAAUAUGGCAAUGACAGUUUGCUGGGUUGACCUGCAGAGGAAUUUCCCUUUCGUCAAUGGGCAGAUGAGUCACUCCCUGUCAGCUUGCCUUCCUGGCCAGACACUAAGUCAUUAUCUCCAUCUUUUAACACUUGCCUCUCUGAAUCUGUGAUCUAUCAAAACAAUUAUUACUGUUGAAUACACUUGUAUUUUAUUAAGCUGUGUUCAUGGAAGGUGAAUAUAUAUGUUGCUGUCUUAAAACCCAGUUGAACCAAACCUUAGAAGCCACUGGUUUAGUAGUGUGAUUAGGCCCUCGUUUGUGAGCAGCAGUGAAAUGCUGUUAGAUAUUCGAUGACCCGACUCCAUUGCCUUGGCUAAAACCAGAUUUCAUCAGGUUAGUGUGGGACAAGAUCAUGUCCCAUAGCAGUAUUCUCCUGGGCGGCCCAUGCAGACAUGCUGAUGACUCAAAAGGGAGGUGGAAAGCAAAAACCCCAACAAUGUAGUUAGGUAUUGUUUAAUUAUAUUUUUGGGUAAAAAAGUUCUUCUUCAUAAUUCUUUUUAUCCUGCUGCAUGGUGCUUAUGCAGGGAAAGGCACAGCCUUGGCUAGAACGAGACUGGAUUUAAGAGACCUACCCUCCUCGGAAUUAGUAGCCCAGGUAUGAUAUUUUAGACUGUCAUGAAGUAUCCCUGCUUACUGCCUGAAUCACCUCACAUUUGCCAGUAGUUGGGGAGGGCAAGCUGUGUGUAGUGGUUCUCUGUGGUUAUAUGUAUCACUGGUUGAUUUACAGACCUCUCUGAUGGCCCAUCUUGUAUUUGGAAAGUCCUUCUGAAAGAGGCUUUCUAAGGAGUCUUCCUCUCUUCUUCCUAUUUACAGAAACAGGCUAUCAGCCAUGCCCAGGGCUUACUUUUUGAGUUACAUGCUAUUGAUGACAGUCUUCAUAAGGUGAAGACAAACUACAAAGCUGUUCCUGGUUAUACAGCCACAAGUUAUUUCCAGAUCUCUGCUGGGAUCUUUACCUGUUGGUUUAGGGUUUUUUUUUAAUUCCUUAAUUUUUUUAAUCUUUUUUAGCGAUCUUUUAAUUUUACCUUAAUUCAUCUCUUCCUUUAUUGAUUACCUCAUUGGCAGAUGAGUUUCAGGAUGCUCAUACAUACAUACAGCAAUCUAGUAUUUGUCACCUGUUCAUUGAAGCAUUGCUGCAAAAGUAACAUUUAAGACAGUGCAAUCCAUAAAUGUUUGUGUGAAAUUUCCCCAAAAUGAAAAGGCAGUAAGGCAGAAAGCAGCAGAUUUUAUAUCCAAUUUUAUUCUAAUAUUUUUUACUUCUUUAAUUCAAACUGUUACACUAUGACGUUACACUUAAUCAGUUCUGAUCCUUCAGGAUCACCUGAAAUUCUUCCUAGAGACAGCGGGAAGUGUGGUUAUUUGUUACCUUUCAGGAUCUUGCAGCUCUUAGGAGGACAAAGCUGUGCUUCAUAUCCUUAUAGUCCAAUUUGGCUUCAGAGCAUUGGCAGACAUUACCAGACAUGGUCUGUGACUGCUGACACUGCUUCCUUAAUCUCCCCUUGAGGUGCCUCCUCACCUCCUUCCCUUCCUCCCAGACCUUGUUGCCUUCUUUCUCUGAAACUUGGGACUAUUUUCACUGCCUGGUCCUACCAUUUAAGUGCAGCUCCUUUCCAAACUCCCCUGAGAGGUAUUGUCCAUCCUAUUUAAGGCAUUUCUGGGGUGGAUGCCUGGUUCUUAAGCUUGUAAAACAACCUAUAACAGGAAUCACUUGCCAUGUAAACAUCUUACAAAGCCAGCCUUCAGUUCUUCACAGCAGUGUGAAAAUUUUAGAAUGCCACAAAGAACAUGGUAAAAGAGGAACUGAAAGAGAGACCGUGAGCCACGUGUAAGAGCUACUCAGCUAACAAAGAAUCACAGAAUAUGCUGAGUUGGAAAGGACCCACAAGGACCAUCAGGUCCAACCCUUAGCCCUGCACAGGACCUACCUCAAGAGUCACACCAUGUGCCUGAGAGUAUCAUUCUAAUGCUUCUUGAACACGUUCUUGUGCUGACUGCCAACCAGUCUUACUCCAGUUCCUAUGCUGCUUUUCAUUCUAUGUAACUGGUAAGCAGAACAAAACCCUACAUGGCUGAGUUUGCUUGUUGCUCCUGUUAUUCUCAGGACAGUAGUUUCAAUGUUGUGAUUAUUGUCAGAUACAUAGAUUAAUGUGUUAGAUAUUAUAAUGUGGUGUGCACUGGGAUUACAAAACCAAGUGAGCUACAGCCAAAGGCAAGGCAAAGUCAAACUGAAAUGAAACCUCUAAUUAGUGGAUUCCAUGUGAACAGAUUUCCCAAGUGAGGACAUAUAACAUCACAUUCUAAAAGGAAUGUAUAUUGAUGGGAAGAUAAGGUAAGUCGAGUAUUAAGUGCUCUGUAUUUCAUGUGAAUGAGGCAAUAGCUUCAUUAAUAAUGAAUACUAAUUAUGUCAUCUCCUUUAGGUAUCUGGUGUGCCUUUGCUUAUCGAUACUUUCCUUAGAGUAUUAAUACUUCCAAGGAAUAACGUUGUCCUUUACUGACUAAAGAGCACAGCUAUUUUAGAAAAGACUGAAAAUAUGUUUCUUAUCAAGUUUGAUUAUUCUUAAAAAAUAUGUAUAAUUACAAUUUUGCACAUAAUUUAUAUAUCAUUUUAU